AUGUAUGAUUUUUCCUUCUUUGAACAGAUUCCUAUUACUAUCUGUGAUCCUACAAGCUCCUCCACAUCUUCUCCUAUCUUAUAUUCGGACGAAAGAUGUUCUCCAAAAUCCAACUCAUGUCCAAAUAACCAAUGCACCUAUGAUCUCCACUAUGGAGAUGGUUGUGGAACAUUAGGUUAUUAUGUAUUCGACUUGAUGCAUUUUAAAAUAGUUGUUGGCAAGUCAUAUUUCUUGAACACUUCAACUUCGGUUUUAUUUGGAUGUAGCCCGUCCAAAACAGGACGGCUGAGUCAAACUGACAAAACACUUGAUGAGAUUAUGAGAUUGGGCAGACAAAGUAUGUGGCAUUACAAUGUAAAUUUGGAAAGCAUAUCAGUCAUUGUUCAAACAUUGACAAUUGAUCAUUCUGUAUUUGCAUUAAGUGAUCACCAACCGGGAAUAAUAAUUGAUUCCGGAACAACUUUGGUAUACAUUACUGAAGAGGCUUACACCCCCGUUGUGGAUGCUAUAAAACAUGCAGCUUCAAACUUCAUACAGCCACUUAUGUCAAGUGAAAAUUUUUGUUAUUCAUUCAAUUCAAGUUAUUUUUAUACCGGCAUAUUUCCCAUAGUACGGUUCAAUUUUACUGGUGGUGCUUCAAUGGACUUUAAACCCAGGACUAUCUUAUACGCUAAUUCUCCAUGGUUAUCAGAUAAAAUAAAACAUCAGUCAUAUUAUUGGCGGCGGGUGUAG